AGCAGCAGCUGCAGAGGCACAGCUGGGCCAUGAGCUUCCAGUGCAGUCCUGACACCGACAUCGCAGACUGGCUGGCCACCAUCCACUUGGAGAGGUAUCGGGAUGUUUUUAAGCGGCACGGCUACCAUGUGGCCAGAGAUGCCACCUUGCUGGACGGGGAGGACUUGCAGCAGAUCGGCAUCCCCGCCACUGGGCACCGCAAAAGGAUCCUGAAUUUGGUGCAUCAGACACGGCUGCUUGGGCAGCCCCUGGGGGCACCCGUGACAGGAGAUGCCCGUCCUCGAGCUGCUGCGGGGAUGGAGGCCCCGGACGUGUCCCGCGGCCCCCACGCACGCGACGAGGCCGUGAAAGGAGAGCCGGGAGGGGCCGCUGACGUCUGUGGGAUGCAGCAACGCGCUGCUGCGCCAGGCCAGGCAUCCCCUCUGGAGAAGGAUCCUGCUCCACCCCUCGCCAGGCCGGUCCCCAAGCCACGGACGGUUUUCCAUCGCUCCAAGCCAGAGCAGGGCUCGGCGCCCACGCCGGCAGCGCGGAGUACGGUGCUGACACAAAGCCCGGACAGCAACAGGACUCCUGGGCCCUUCGUGGUGCUGGAGGGCUUUGUGCCAGGGGAGAGAUCCACGGACCUGGAGAGCCCAGAGCCCAGGCCGGCACAGCAGCCGAGAGCAACCAUGGGUAUAGGAGCAUCCCGGUCAGGAGUGCGGGAGAGCUCCCGGGAGGAGAAACGGCUCCCUGCAGCUGCAGAUCACGGACAAGCCCUGGAAGCCUCAGAAAAGCCCUCGUCACCUGCCCCGUCCGUGCCACCCCGGCUCAGCCACAGGGUCCCCGCGGCCGAGCCCAGCCCAGCGAGUUUGCCGGAGAGUCGUCCCGCAUCCGACCCUUCCCCAUCCGCCACAGCCACCCCCGGCAGGAGAGACCUUUCACCACCCUCUGGGGUGUCCCCACAGCCGGGCUCGGGGCAGGCCAGGCUGGAGAUGGUUUCCAACAUCAUCUACGAAGGACUCAAGCCAUCUUUGGCAUUCACUGCGGACACAGGAGGGGAGGACAGUCCCCAGGGCCGGACUCUCGUGGAGUCUCCAGGUCCAUCCCUGCAGGAGCUGACCUGCCUGGCCGAGAAGCCUGAUCCUGGCUGGCCCAUCGCAGGUCUGCCCCCCAUCCCACAGAGACCAUCCACCAAGCCAGACCUCGGGGAGCCGUUUGUCAGCCCCUACAGCGAGACCAUCUUGGGACACGGGGUCCCUGCCCGGGAUCAGAAGGCUGUGGGCACCCCCUCCAGGCAGAGCUACGAUGGAGAGGCAGAGCUGGAGCUGGAGAGAGAAGCGUGCAGGACGAGCAGCGAGUGCAGCAGUGAUGGGAAGAGCGAGGACGAGGAGACACGAAGCAGGCUCAUCAACCGCAUCAUCCAGAAUGACACCGAGGGCUACUCCACCGUGGAGGCACCACAGGCUGAGGGCACCCAGUUCAGCCUGCCGUCCCACUUGUACCCAGAUGAGGUCCUGGAUGACCUGACCAUCUCCCCCUAUGCGAGCUACACCUCCCUCUCCGAGCCUCGGCCCACCAUGCUCAGAGGCUGGCUGGACAAGCUCUCCCCACAGGGGAACUACGUCUUCCAGAGGCGCUAUGUCCGCUUUGAUGGGAAGAACCUGAUGUACUUCAGCAGUGAGAAGGAGCCCUACCCCAAAGGGGUGAUCCCACUGUCUGUCAUCGAGAUGGCUCGCCCCACCAAAGACAACAAGUUCCAAGUCGUCACCAGCCACCGGAUCUUUGUCUUCCGUGCUGAAAAUGAGGCCCAGAGGAACGAGUGGUGCUCCACUCUGCAGAAGAAGGUAGUGGACCAGCGCUCGGUGGGCACCCGGCCCCGGCCCGCCAACACUGCUCACUGCCAGAAGUCGGGCACCCUGGAGCUGAAGGGGCAGAAGGCCAAGGUGUUUGCAGCCCUGAGCCUACCUGAGAUGUGGCUGUACAAGAGCGAGCAGUUCUUUAAAAUGGGCAUCGGCAUCUGCCUGAUCGAGAUGCGAGGCGCCACUAUCCGGGAGGCCAAGAACCGCAGCUUCGAGCUCAUCACCCCCCUCAAAAUAUUCAGCUUCAUGGCAGAGUCAGAGCGGGAGAAGCGCGAGUGGAUGGAGGCCCUGCAAGAAGCCAUCGCCGAGACGCUCUACGACUACGAGGUGGCGGAAAAGAUCUGGUCCAACAAAGCCAAUAAACACUGUGCAGACUGCCGGGCUCCAAAUCCCGACUGGGCAUCCAUCAACCUGUGUGUGGUCAUCUGCAAGCAGUGCGCAGGGCAGCACCGCAGCCUGGGCUCCAAUAUUUCCAAGGUGCAAAGUCUGAAGCUUGACACCAGCGUCUGGUCCAAUGAGAUUGUACAGCUCUUUAUCGUGCUGGGUAACGACAGAGCCAACCGGUUCUGGGCCGCACGCCUGCCCGCCGCCGAGGCCCUCUGCCUGGACGCGAGCGCUGAGCAGAGACGGGACUUCAUCUCCCACAAGUACCGGGACGGGUGGUACCGCCUGCCCCAUCCCCACUUCACCACCCAGGAUGAUGUGCUGCAGGCACUGUGCGCUGCGGUGGCAGGGCCGGGCCUGCUCAAGACCGUCCUGCAGUUCUUCUCGUCUGCGGAAGCUGGGCUGGCAGCUGAUGCUGGCAUCUGCGAGGUGUCCCCAAGCACUGACCUCUGGGGCCUGGAGAGCAAAAGGCCCAGGAACCACUCAGGCGCCCCGGAGGCGGGCCCGGAGGGUGUCUACAACGAGAUCACGCAGCCGGCGACGCACAGCGACUUCCAACGCGCCUGGUGCUCCCUGGAGAAGGCCCUGCUCUUCUACGAGACCGACAAGUGCACCGAGCCCCUGGGCCACAUCGAGAGCAGGGACCUGCUGUCCCUGGGGGUGAGCAGGGCCGACGCGCUCCCCAGCCCUGGCUCUGCAGAAAGGUUUCGCUACACCCUCGAGCUCUUCCUUACUGGGGACAGAGUGCAGCAGCUGGGGCUCGACGGGCCUGACACGUUGCAGGCCUGGGCCAGCGCCAUCGGCAAGUGGUUCACGCCAGUGAGCUGUCACUGCCUCCUGGGCUACGAGUUCCAGCGCGUGGGCCAGCUGCGCUACAAGUGCAUGCUCAACCCCGAGCAGUGGCAGCAGGCCUUCUUCAUCCUGCAGAAGGCCCACCUCUUCAUCUGCCCCACCGAGGAUGAUGGGGCUGAAGACAGCAUCAACCUGCGGCGGCUGCAGGAGCUCAGUAUGGUCCCCCCGACGGAAACACCGGAGAAGAAGGAGCUGCUGAUCCUGGUGGAGAUGGGGAGGACGUUUUACCUGCAGGGCCUGUCGCGGGCAGACUCGGCCGCAUGGUACACAGACAUCCAGGCGUCGGCAGGCGGCCGGGGCAAUGCACUGCGGGACCAGCAGCUGAGCCGCGGGGACAUCCCCAUCAUCGUGGACAGCUGCAUCGCCUUCAUCACGCAGUACGGACUACGGCACGAGGGGAUUUACCGCAAGAAUGGAGCCAAGUCCCGGAUCAAGGUACUAAUGGAGGAGUUUCGGCGGGAUGCGCGCAACGUCAAACUGCGCAUCAGCGACAACUUCAUUGAGGACGUCACGGAUGUGCUGAAGAGGUUCUUCCGAGAGCUUGAGGAUCCUGUCUUCACCCUGGAGCUGCACCCACAGUGGAAGGAGGCUGCAGCAAUCUCCUCCAAGCCCCAGCGCCUGGAGCGGUACAAGGAGCUCAUUCAUCGCCUGCCUCGCCUCAACCACAAGACCCUGGCUGCGCUGAUCGGGCAUCUCUACCGAGUGCAGAAAUGCGCCGACCUCAACCAGAUGAGCACCAAGAACCUGUCACUGCUCUUUGCGCCCAGCCUCUUCCAGACUGAUGGCAAAGGGGAGCACGAGGUCAAGGUGAUGGAAGACCUCAUCGACAACUAUGUCAGCAUCUUUAACAUUGAUGAGGACCAGGUAUCCCAGAUGGAUCUGGAGAACAGUCUGAUCACCACCUGGAAGGACACCCAGCUCUCACAGGCAGGAGACCUCAUCAUCGAGGUUUACCUGGAGCAGAAGCUGCCUGACUGCUGCGUCACGCUGAAGGUGUCCCCCACGAUGACAGCAGAGGAGCUCACCAACCAGGUGCUGGAGAUGCGCAACGUGGCAGCCAGCCUGGAUAUCUGGCUGACCUUUGAAGCCCUGGAGAAUGGGGAGCUGGAGCGGCCCCUGCACCCCAAGGAGAAGGUGCUGGAGCAGGCCUUGCAGUGGUGCAAGCUCCCAGAGCCCAGCAGCGCCUACCUGCUGGUGAGGAAGGUCCCCAUCGGCGAGGGCAGCUGUCUCUUCACAGGUGCCAAGCGCGAGACUCCCAAGUGUGGGCUGCUGAAAUGCCGCGAGGAGCCCCCCAAGCUGCUGGGAAACAAGUUUCAGGAGCGUUACUUCGUCAUCCGGGAGCGGAAGCUGCUGCUGCUCAAGGAGAAGAGGAGCGCCAAGCCGGAGCGAGAGUGGCUCCUGGACGCAGCCAAGGUUUACAUGGGCAUUCGGAAGAAGCUGAAGCCUCCAGGCCAGUGGGGUUUCACUCUGACCCUGGACAAGCAGCAGCUGUACCUGGUGUGCUCGGGGCAGGCUGAGCUGUGGGACUGGACCACCAGCAUCCUCAAGGCUCAGCACGAUGACCUGCGCCCCGUGAUCAUGCGCCGGCGUUCCUCGUCCGACCUUGCCAAGCAGAAGUUCGGCACGAUGCCACUGGUGCCCCUCCAUGGGGACAGCACCGACGCCACCAUGCUCUCUGCCAACCAGACCUUGCGCCGCCUGCACACGCGAAGGACUUUGUCCAUGUUCUUUCCCAUGAAGAUGCACCAGGACUCUCUGGAGGAGCAGCAGGAAAAGGAGAUGGACACAGAACCUGUCUAUGAGGAAGUGGGCAACUUCUCCGAGCUGGGCUCACUGGAGCUGGACCAUGAACUGCUGGCAGGCCUGUCAUCUAUCCCCUCCGUGGCCAGGUCCAGGAAGCCAUCCCCAGUCUCUGAGCAGUCCCCGACUCCAGCACUGCGCUCUUCAAUGCCCACCAACCCAGCCCAGAGGGUCUCAGGUCCUGUUGUCACCAAAGCCCUGUCCCUGGAAAGGGGCUUGAACCUCGAGUGUGACAAAAGCCCAGCCCACAGAGGGUCCACUGUGCUCAGACCCACCAAAACAGCCUCUCUUGAGAGGAACCUGGAACCUUCUCUAGCACUAGCUGUGGACCAGGGCCAGGUGCCCAUACAACAGAGCAAUCCCGGUCCCAGCACAGAGACAUCCCUGGAAAUUCCUAAGAAGAGAAACAUUCAGCCUUCCUCACCCAUCAACAACAAACUGAUCCAGGAGCUCAGCAGCAUCAUCCUCAAGAAGAACGAAAGCCAGGCCCCAGGAUCAGAACUAGGAGCAGGACCGGCGCCGGGGCCGGGGCCAGGGCCAGGCCAGCAGGUAACAUGACCUGCCAUGCCAAAUGGGUGGCCACGUGACCUGGAGUGGCAAGGGGACAAGUCACGUCACGCGGCAGGUACCUGGGCAAGGGGUGCUGGGUACCAAGCGAUCCCACAUCGAGGCACCUAUGUUGUCCCUCCUCCUGGCCUAAGCGCAGAGCCAGACUGGGAGCCGAGGCAAGGCUGGCCCUGGGGGACCA